AUGAGAGGAAAUGUAAUGUUGACAAGUGGCACUACAUUGGAAGAUGGUGAAAUUGAAGAUGAUGAUGAUUUGGACGCUAUUCACAGGAAUACAUCAAUGGAAAUAAAGUCAGAAAAUAUGACGCAUGUUUCAUCCGUAAGUGUGGACGAGGAACGUGAAGUGGAUCGUAUUAUUCGCGAAGUACAGGAAGCAGCAGAUAGGUCAGAAUUUAUGAGCUUACCCUCUGCUGAACAUUCAAUAGAAAAUGUUGAUUCGGAUGAUGAGAAUGCUUUACGUUUAGCGGUAUUAAAUACAAGCAAGGAUAAAAGAUCUGUACGACAACAUUCAUCACAUGAAAAAGAAGAGGGAGAGAUCACUGAUACUUCUUACACGCCAUCAAGAAGUCAACAAUUAAACAUGCGUUCUUCGUCGCGGCAAACUUGGGUACAACUGAAACGAAGACAAAAUAACAAAUUUCAAAGCUACGGUGAUACGCAAAAUCGCACCAAGAGUCAUAAAUUCCAUCAAACUGUGAUACCACUCAAGGUGACGGUACGGAAUGAUAGCACAAACGGUUACUCAUAUUGCAUCCUAAAUAAUCAGCAGAAAGCGACUAUCUCAACCAAGAAUAAUGAGGAAAUAUUGGAAGCACCCAUGAAACAAUUUUCAAACCCAUUUGAGGAUCAGCUACAUCGACUUCGAUUACGAGUGGAAGCAAGUAAAUUUUCCAAAAGGAUGGAGAAUUUGGGGGAUAAUUAUGAACAAGUUGGAAUGGAUAUCGUGGACAGUGAUCGAGAUUCGCGUUCGCGCUCAUCACCAGCAUCACCGUUAGUUAGUACCAUGGCUAUUCGUUCUCAUGAAAUGCAAGCUCGAAGUGGGAUAUCACCUGACGGUGCUGAUAACGAAGAAGAUGUCGACCAACUGCGUGCUGAGCUCUUGGAGCAGAUAAUGCAUAAAAAGAAUUACAAGAAGUUAACAUUAUGGAAAUCAUCACCUGAAGAAGGUGAAUUAAGUAGUGCAAAUUCGGAAGAACAAAGUGCUCUUGGUAGUAAUGAAAAGCCAAGUUCCAGUCGCAGGACCGAAACGCAUUAUUCUAAAAGAUUUGCAAAUGUAGAGCAAAAUCGGAAGCCUGAAGUAAAUCGGAAGCGUUCAAGGAAAGAUGAUUCUUUAUCAAGUGGUAGUGAUGAUGGACAAGUUCAAGACUACCAUAUUAAGUUACCACGGAAAAGAAAGGAAAAUUUUCGAGAAACUAUCCCCAAAAGAUCACGUUGGAAAUCAAAAGAAUUUGGCAGUAUAUCCGAAAUAGGACUGAGGAGGACUGAAAAUUGGCAGCAUAUGAUUGAUGUUGAAAAGAAAGUAUUAAAGGAAAUUGAAAGGAAAUUAAGGCACCGUGAUGACCAGAAAUGCGUCACGAGAAGGAAACGUGAUAACUUUUUGGAGAGAGCGAAUCGUUGUGCUCGUCGGCUUGGUGUUCUUGAAGCGGAAAUAGAAGUACUUCAGUGUGAUCAAGAAAAGGCAAAGGGUCGUCUGUCUUAUUUGGAACGACAGUUGAAUAAAGAACAAUUUGAAGAGAACUCUAAGGAUUUAGAGAAGAAGACAUUUGGGAAAAAAGAAAACAAACGAAUGGAACGGUUGAUAGACGAAGCGCAAUCGAUGAAAAAUAUGAGCAGGGACGUUGGACAUAUUUAUGACCCUACUGAGAUGUCGGAAGAUGCAAGGGGAUCGAGAGUGAUAAAAACAUGCGUUUUAGAACAUUCUGAACCGAUGAGUACGACCAUUGCGAUGGAUUGCUCUGAUGACCGAGAUGAUGUUUCGAGGCCUACAAGUAGUAGUAGUGGAUCGCAUUCUUCUACAGAUAUAUUUGGGGAUUCUGAUAUAAUCGAGUUAUCAGAUUCAGCUGAUUCAAUGAAUGGUCUUGUUACAGCAAUGCGUGAGUUAGAGCAGGAAGAGUUAGAAGCAAAUUAUAUUACAGAAGCUACAACUGCGAAUAGCUCCACUACUUAUCAAGGAAGUCCAGUGCGAACGAUCAGUCGUACUGUAACACUAAGCGAAAAAGAUGUUAAUGAACUUAAAAAUAAUCCGUUAAUUAUGUUUAACGGGUAUCGCAUAUGCCCAACAUUCCCUUACCGUAUGAUAGCUCAUCGAGCUUUGUCAAACAAGUUGGAUCCGUUGAAACCGCUUUGUUACUAUGAAUUAUUAGGAAGAUGCGUUGAUCCAACAUGUCCAAUGCAGCAUGAAAAGGAUUAUUUGUUAACCGAUGAGGAAUUGAUAUGUAGUAUAUUGACUUAUUGUCCGAAUCUUUGCCCACCUAAAAAAAUGUUUUCCGAAUAUGCUCGUGAAAUAUUGAAAGAACAUGAAGCAAAACCAGUGGGCGAAGUUAUCGAGGAUAUGUUGAAAAGCCUUCCGGAUACCGAACGUCAGAUAAGAGUUUGUGAAAUGGCUACUAAAUGUAGGCUACCAGCGAGAUGGUCAUCGAAAGACGAUGAAUCAAUAGAAUAUGAAGUACCUCAGCAAUCCCAUCAGUUUUCGCUGUAA